CGGGGUGGGGGGCCAGAGAGAGAGAGAGAGGAGGCUUCGCUUCUCCCGUUCGAGAAGAUGGUGUGCGGGGGGUUCGCCUGCUCGCGCAAUGCGCUGUGCGCCCUGAACGUUGUUUACGUGCUAGUCGGGCUGCUGCUGAUUGGCGUGGCUGCCUGGGGCAAAGCCUAUGGCAUUGUUUACAGCCUCCACAUCAUCGGAGGGGUCAUUGCUGUGGGUUUCUUCCUGCUUCUGAUCGCCAUCGUGGGACUCAUCGGUGCUAUCAACCAUCACCAAGUCAUGCUGUUCUUUUACAUGAUCAUUUUAGGGCUAGUGUUUCUCUUCCAGUUUGGAGUCUCCUGUUCGUGUCUGGCACUCACAAGAAGUAAACAGGAAAGUCUCCUGAAUGGUGCCUGGGAAAUGAGCAACGAAACCAAGAAGUCACUGGAAAAGAACUUUAACUGCUGCGGGCUAUUCAACAACUCUCUCGAAGCUGGCAAGAAAUUCAAGGCUGACGUUGAAAUGUGCAACGCGCCAUGCACAAAAUCAAAAACCGGGUGCAUCAGUUGCGGUGAGGUGAUGAUGGAACAUGCAGACGAGGCCUUGAAAAUCCUUGGCGGAGUUGGACUCUUCUUCAGUUUCACAGAGAUCCUUGGAGUGUGGCUUGCCAUGCGCUACAGAAACCAGAAAGACCCCAGAGCCAACCCCAGUGCCUUUUUAUAGACCACCAUUUCCCCCCAUCUUCUCUCUACCACCUUUCCCAACCGACCAUGUGUUUUCCUUUCAAUUAGUUGCACGUCCCUUAUUCAAGAGAUCCUUUUUCGUCACACAAGAAGAAAAGCAAUCCUUGAAGCAGCUGUGAGGGAGCUGGGGUUUUUGCCAUUAUGCCAAACUGCUGAUUGGAUGAAAUAGCAGAGCUAAGGUUGCAUCCUUGACAUGAAGCCUUUGGUAGGUGGCAAAGACGACUCUGCCUUUUUUGGGG